UUAGCUAAAAUGUCCUCACAUAAGGUGAGAAUCAUAACAGUUGAGCCCUCAGAUGGUACGGGAUCUUUACCCCCACUGAGGGCAGAUACAAAGAAACUUGUGGAACAACAGAUCAUGCUGACAAAUAAAAGAAGUCAAGUUUUUACUCACAAGGGGCCAGGACAGACCCGAAGUCGUUCUGUACCUGACAGAACAUUUAAAGAGGUUCGAUUUACGCAUGCACGAGAUCAAAGUUUACCGAGGCCUACAGAGGAGGCGGAAUAUCGCGACGAUUUUUCCGAUUCGAGCGACGAAGAAUUAGAAGAGGAGGAAGUCAAGCUAAGAAAUACAUCAAAGCAGGAAUUAGAACAGCUGGCAGUUGAUAUAAGUACGAGUUUGGAAUUAAAAGAGGAAAAACAUAAAGAGUCAACGGAUGUAUCAGCCGAUAAAGGGGUAGGCCUAUAUAGUACAGACACGAAAAAUAAAAACGAGGCGGUCAAUAAGCAAAAAGACGACAUUGAUAAUAAAGAUAAAGUUGGAAACGCAGAAAAGGAAACCAUUGCGACCACUACUAACGAAUCUGACCAGGGAAAUGAGAAGAAGCAGAAGAAAAAGAAGAUGAAGCUCCCAGGUUGUUUCGGUUUCAUUUCUACCUGGAUUGCCAAAAGAAAGGAGAAACGACGCGAAAAGAAAAGAAAGGCUAUAGCUAGCCGCACCCCCACACCAACGCUAGUUCAAUAUGAGCAUAGAAAAGCACGUGGCGGGGAGUCUUUUACCAUUGAAGUAGAUUGCAAACCAAUAGUCAUGAAGCCGAUAUUACCCCAAUUAAGGAAGCUGACGGGGCCUAUGGUAUACAAAUUAGACCAAAUUGCAAGUUUUAAAAAGAAAGUUUGA